GGGGGUUUGCGUUCCCAGAGUUCCUAUUGGGUUGACACUGCAGGCUCUAAGAUGGCGGCAGUGGCAACCUGCGGCAGUGGCGCGGGGAGUACUGGGUCUGCAGUGGCAACAGCCAGCAAGAGCAAUGUCACCAGUUUCCAGAGGAAGGGUCCUAGAGCCAGCGGGACCAACGACAGCGGCCCUCGACUGGUGUCCAUUGCGGGCACGCGACCGUCGGUGCGGAAUGGACAGCUGCUGGUAUCAACCGGGCUCCCAGCCCUGGACCAGCUCUUAGGUGGAGGUUUAGCCAUUGGAACAGUUCUUCUAAUUGAGGAGGAUAAAUAUAAUAUUUACUCACCUUUGCUCUUCAAGUGUUUCCUGGCAGAAGGAAUUGUCAAUGGGCAUAGUUUGUUGGUUGCAUCUGCUAAAGAGGAUCCUGCCAACAUUUUACAGGAUCUUCCAGCACCAUUACUUGAUGAUAAUAGUAAGAAGGAAUUUGAUGAAGAUGUGUAUAAUCAUAAAACACCAGAAUCUAAUAUUAAGAUGAAAAUAGCCUGGCGUUACCAGUUAUUACCCAAGAUGGAGCAGAUUGGACCAGUAUCAUCACGAUUUGGUCACUAUUAUGAUGCAUCAAAAAGAAUACCACAAGAACUAAUUGAGGCUUCAAACUGGCAUGGAUUUUUUCUUCCGGAGAAAAUAUCUUCAACUCUCAAAGUAGAACCCUGUUCUUUGACCCCUGGCUACAUAAAGCUGCUUCAGUUUAUCCAGAACAUCAUUUAUGAGGAAGGAUUUGAUGGAUCCAAUCCUCAGAAAAAACAAAGAAACGUUUUAAGAAUAGGAAUUCAGAAUCUUGGCUCACCUUUAUGGGGAGAUGAUAUUUGCUGUGUAGAAAAUGGUAGCAACAGUCACAGCCUUACCAAGUUCCUCUAUGUUCUCCGUGGUCUUCUGAGAACCUCUCUUUCAGCCUGCAUCAUCACAAUGCCAACACAUCUGAUCCAGAAUAAAGCCAUUAUUGCCCGUGUCACAAACUUGUCAGAUAUAGUAAUUGGUCUGGAAUCAUUUAUUGGUUCUGAGAGAGAAACUAAUCCAUUGUAUAAGGAUUAUCAUGGCUUGAUUCAUAUACGGCAGAUUCCUCGGCUUAAUAACUUGAUCUGUGAUGAAUCAGAUGUCAAAGACUUAGCUUUUAAAUUAAAAAGGAAGCUGUUCACUAUUGAGUGGGUGCAAGACAACUACUUGAGACAAGAGAGGAACAUUUAUCCUCCAGGCUUCUCAUACUUACUCAAGCAGAAAGACUCUGCAUGGAGAGAAGGUUCUUUACAGCAUUCCACAUUUUUAAUGAGCUUCCUUGCAAAGGCGACUGCAUUUGCCUCCAGACUUGUCAGACACAGUGAGCCGCUCAAGCAAACAGGAUCUGGCAGGAUCCACCAAGCGGCUGGGCCCAGGCUGUGGCAUGAUGGCCGGAGGCAAGAAGCACCUGGACUUCUAGGGAUUCCUCUUUAGCCGUUGCAUGCAGAAUUCUAUGACACUCUAAUUAUGAUUGCUAAUAGCUUAUGUAAAUAUUUUUCUUAACAAUUUGACCCUCCACUCCUUGAAAAACACAGGAUUGUGAAAUGGAGCCACCAUUUCUCAUUUUUUAACUUUUUACAGAAGUAACACAGCAGAAAUACUUUUCAAUUUUUCCUUCAUGCUAUAGAGAAAAUAAUUUUAUUUUUAAAUAAACACCAAAAAAUGUCAAAAAUCUCAAAAUGCCUGACAGUGGUCAUUCGUGUCCAUGUACUAAGGCAUUUAGUGUCAUGGUAAUGUGCAUGUCACAGCAGGUAGCAUACAAAACAUGAUGAAAUUCAAGAUUGUAUAUGAAAAUAUAUUUUCUCUUUAUUUCAGAAACAGUCACUUGCCACCAAAAAUGCUAAGUUUUUUUAAUGAAAAUGUGUUUGCUAAUAUAUAAAAUAAAUUUGCAUUUAUGUAUCUGGUUAUUAAAUUAAUAAAGAUAAAAUAAUAUUUGGAGAUUUAGACUCCAUUAAAGAUAAUUAGUCUACCAUAGUAGUUAUUAAAUAUAAAGAACUUGAAAGGAAACAGAAAAAAGAAGUGGAUGGUCUUUAGUUUAGUAAUCCUAAACAAUUGAAGUCAGUACUAUGAAAUUAUGUCAACAGGCAUCAUUCAGGAUUGAAAUUCAAACUGACAGCUACAUUAAUGCUAGGAUACCAGGAGAAAAACAUACUGAAGCUUGUUGAGAGAUUUUACAGAACAUAGGUCUGAGACAAAGUGAAAAAAUGAAACUAACUCAGAUUUUCAUUGCAUCACAUAAACCUUUUGUUAAUUAUGAACAUCGGUUGAGUGUGUAAAUUUCUAACCAUAUAAAUACGUCUUUGGGGGCGUAUAGCAUAUUGAACCAGUUUUCAUAUAAAACACUAGGUGUUUUAAUUAUAAUUCCAUAUUCUCAAAGCUUUUGACAGAUAAUAGAUAAAAAAUGAAAGUUAAAAAGUAA